CCUUAGUGAGAUAUGUCAUGUCACGUAAACACUGAUGACAAUAUCAAGUGGGCAAAUGAGAAAUGUGGUUAACACUAGGCUGAAAGCACCCACCACCCAGCAGACAAGGUGCUGCAACGUGGCAAAAUGCUGUUGGUUGUCCGAAAAGAGGAAGUUGGCCGUUUCUUCCUACACUUAAACUCCCAACAAAAUAGCGACCGGUGGCUUUUGUUUCGGUCUUAAGUUUCUCAUUACAAUGCCAAAGAUAACUCUGCAAUUCUGAGCCUGGUGUUUCGUUUUGCUUCUCUUUCUGUUUCUUUCUUUCUUUCUUUCUUGGAAAUGAAAAGGCUUAGAGCUUGAUUUGUUUCAUCUUCUUUACUUCUACAAAUAAUUAAUGAGAUUGAAAGAUUGGAUGAAUUUGUGAAGAGAACCCCAAAAAGGAAAUUUGUUUUUUGAGGAAGUAAAAGUUAUCAACUUUGAUAAAUCUUUUUUUGAAAAGUAAUAAACUUUCUAUAUAUUUGUAUAUUAAGUUGGCAAGGAAACUUGUGAUUUGGUGUUUGUUUUGGAGAAUGAGAUAGAGAGCAUAAUGGAUUUCUGGCCAGAGUUUCUUGCAAGUAGUUGGGGAAAAGAGUUUGUGGCUGGAGGGUUUGGUGGAAUUGCCGGCAUCUUCGCUGGUUAUCCUCUUGACACCGUAAGAAUUCUGCAACAAAACUCCAAUUCUGGCUCAGCCUUUAACAUUCUGCGCAGAUUGGUGGCCACUGAAGGGCCUCAAGCUCUUUACAGAGGCAUGGGUGCACCACUAGCUUCAGUCACCUUUCAGAAUGCGAUGGUUUUUCAGAUCUAUGCUAUCCUUUCUCGAGCACUUGACAGAUCAGUUCCUGCCAACGAUCCUCCUUCUUACAAAGGUGUUGCUCUGGGAGGAGUUGGUACAGGAGCUAUUCAAAGCAUAAUCCUCUGCCCUGUAGAACUGGUAAAAAUCCGCCUGCAGUUGCAGAGUACAUACCAUGCAAGAUCCCAUCAAGCAGAUCGCCAAAAGGGUCCCGUAGACGUUGCCAGGAGCAUAUUGCGAAAAGAAGGAUUAAAAGGGAUGUUUCGAGGAUUUACCAUCACGGUCCUCAGAGAUGCACCCGCUCAUGGUUUAUAUUUCUGGUCAUACGAGUACAUGAGGGAGCAGCUCCACCCUGGCUGCAGAAAGAACUGCCAGGAAAGCCUAAGAACAAUGCUGAUGGCUGGAGGGCUAGCAGGAGUGGCUAGCUGGGUUUGCUGCUAUCCGCUUGAUGUCGCGAAGACCAGACUGCAAGCUCAGUCACCAUCUUCCAUACAAAAAUACAAUGGCAUCAUUGAUUGCUUUAACAAGAGUGUAAAAGCUGAAGGUUACAGUGUGCUCUGGCGAGGACUCGGAACUGCAGUUGCAAGAGCUUUUGUGGUGAAUGGAGCUAUAUUUUCUGCUUAUGAGAUUGCUUUGAGGUGUUUAUUCAAUAAUGGAAGCAUUCAAACAGAAAAUACAAUCUAGAGACAUUAAGCUUUCGCCAAUUACAUAACAGUAUAUCCCAUAUAUAUAUAUAUGCAAAUUCAAGAAUAGGUAACUUGUAGGUUAAUCAAGAAUUUGAUAUAUGGUGUAUAUUUUGAGUGGUAGCCAAAGUUCACAACCAUAUCUACCACCAAAAAAGAUUAAAUAAAGUAUUCUGUACCCGUGUGCAAUCCUUGCCAAUCUGAUAUUUUUCCUUUAUUAA